UAUAGACUAGAAGCAGCUGAAGGACGUUAACACUGUACCAUGUUUCGCAAUGUCCUAGGAAAAACCUUACGAUUUCUUGGGUAUACUGUGCAAUAUGGCUGCAUAGCACAUUGUGCCUUUGAGUACCUUGGAGGAAUUGUUGUGUGUUCUGGACCAUCAAUGGAGCCAACAAUUCAAAAUUCUGAUGUUGUCUUUUCGGAGAACCUUAGCCGCCACUUUUAUUGCAUUCGAAAAGGAGAUAUUGUAAUUGUGAAAAGUCCAAAUGACCCCAAAUCAAAUAUCUGUAAAAGAGUAAUUGGCUUGGAAGGGGACAAAGUCUGUACAAGCAACUCUUCAGAUUUCCUUAAGAGUCACAGCUAUGUGCCUAAAGGACAUGUUUGGUUAGAAGGUGAUAAUCUCAGGAAUUCUACAGAUUCCAGGUGUUAUGGACCUGUUCCUUAUGGAUUGAUAAGAGGACGCAUUUGUUUUAAGAUAUGGCCUCUGAGUGACUUUGGAUUUCUACGUGCAAGCCCUAACGGCCAUAGAUUUCUUGACGAUUAAAUAACUAUUUAUUAUUACCAGCUUUCACACCACUUUCUACUAAAUCAAUGGAACUAUUUUUGCUUAGAAUAAAUACAAGUAUUACCUGACAGAA